AUGGGAGAGAAAAUAAAAGUACAAACAGUAGUUUCGAACCAGCUGGACGAAGAAUCGUCGAUCAGAAAGGACAAUAGCAUUAGCAAUGAUGAGGAUGAAACGUUUUGGCAAAAGGUAAUUCGUGUAUGCCAGGUCCAGAAGAAGGGAGAUUUGACGACUCAACAGAUGUUUCUUUACAAUUAUGAUUUGAGACCCGUGGAAGAAGCAAGAAGAACAUGGUCGUGGUUCAAUUAUGUGUUCUUCUGGAUUGCAGAUUCGUUCAAUAUCAAUACAUGGCAAAUAGCAGCCAUUGGGGUACAAGCUGGAAUGACAUGGUGGCAAACGUGGUUAACCGUAUGGUUAGGAUAUGGUUUGGCUGGUAUUUUCGUGAGUUUGGGUGCGAGAGUUGGGAUAUUCUAUCAUAUUUCAUUUCCAGUUGCCGCGAGAUCGUCUUUUGGAAUAUAUGGUAGUUUGUGGCCCAUUAUCAAUAGAGUCGUUAUGAGCUGCAUAUGGUAUUCUGUUCAGGCAAUGGUAGCUGGCCCAUGUAUUGGACUUAUGUUGAGAUCAAUUUUCAGUCAAAAUUUGGAUAAGAAAUUGGACAAACAGCUUGAUGAAAGCUUGACUACAUAUGAAUUUCUUUCAUUCUUCCUUUUCUGGUUGCUUUCCUUACCAGCACUUUGGUUUCCCCCACACCAGAUUAGACACUUGUUUACUUUCAAAGCAUACGUAGUACCUUUUGCAGGUAUCGGCUUUUUAAUUUGGACAAUUGUAAAGGCUGGUGGUAUAGGACCUGUUGUUCACCAAAAAGCGACAAUAAAAGGAUCUGCAUUGGCAUGGGCAUUUGUACAGUCUACCAUGAAUUCCAUUGCCAAUUUCGCAACAUUGAUUGUUAAUGCACCAGAUUUUUCUCGUUUUGCGAAGAAACCUUCAUUCGGAAUGAAAUACCUAGUUUAUACAAUUUCAAUUCCAUUAUGCUUUUCGAUAACCUCAUUAAUUGGUAUUUUGGUUAGUUCAGCGUCCACAGUUAUGUAUGGUGAGACAUAUUGGUCCCCAUUGGAUGUUCUUUCAAACUUCUUAAAUGAUUAUACUCCUGGUAAUCGAGCAGGUGUCUUCUUUAUUAGUAUUGCAUUUGCAUUAGCUCAAUUAGGUACAAACAUUUCAGCUAAUUCGUUAAGUUUUGGUACGGAUGUAACUGCUAUCUUGCCUAGGUUUUUGAAUAUUAGAAGAGGAGGAUACUUAUGUGCUGCAUUAGCAUUGGUUAUUUUUCCUUGGAGGUUGAAUUCAAGUUCAUCUAAAUUCACUACGUAUUUAUCAGCAUAUUCUGUAUUCCUUUCGUCUAUAGCUGGUGUGGUUGCUAUUGAUUAUUAUUAUGUUAGAAGAGGAUACAUCAAAUUAACACAUCUUUACUCACUUUUUGCACCAGAAAAUCCCAGUUCCGAAUCCUUUUAUAAGUUUAACAAAAUCGGCUGUAAUUGGAGGGCUUAUGUUGCCUAUAUUUGUGGUAUAUUACCAAACAUUGUUGGGUUUGUCGGGGCUACAGAUACUCAUCAUGUACCGAUUGGAGCCACUCGAGUGUAUGAUUUAAAUUUUUUCAUGGGAUUUAUUUCAUCUGGUUUGGUUUACGCAAUAUUGUGUCAUUUCUUUCCAAUGGAAGGUGUUCCAAGUGUUGGUCCUUUUGAGAAGGGCUGGUAUGAAGAGUGGCAGUACGUCGAAGAUUUUGAAGAAGAAUUGACUGGUCAUUCUAUUCACGAGGGUUUAGAACAAAAAAUCGCUUACACAUCCGGUAGCUCUAAAGAAAAGUAUAGUGAUACAAUCAUUUAG